UUGGAGCCAGUCGAAAAUUUUUACACGACGGACUGACUUGGGGUGGCGCGCAGGCACACAUUUCUACCUAUUCCUGCUAUUCUGCAAGAAUCUUGAGAUUGUGAAAACUGGAUUCCAUCGGUGAAAUCUGAAAAUAUUCUGUGUGAAAAGAAAAAAGAAAAUUUGCAAAGAUGGCACUCAGCGACGCAGAUGUACAAAAACAGAUUAAGCAUAUGAUGGCUUUCAUUGAGCAAGAAGCCAAUGAAAAGGCCGAAGAAAUCGAUGCUAAAGCCGAAGAGGAAUUCAAUAUUGAGAAGGGACGUCUGGUGCAACAACAGCGUCUCAAGAUCAUGGAGUACUAUGAAAAGAAGGAGAAGCAAGUGGAACUGCAAAAAAAGAUUCAAUCAUCGAAUAUGCUGAACCAAGCGCGUUUGAAGGUUUUGAAAGUGCGUGAAGAUCACGUUCGCAAUGUACUUGAUGAGGCCCGGCGUCGUCUUGGUGAAGUAACAAAGAAUCCCGGUGAAUAUAAAGAGGUUUUGCAGAAACUUAUCUUGCAAGCGCUCUACCAGGCCAUGGAACCGAGUGUCAUUUUACGCUGCCGUCAGGCCGAUAUUGGCCUACUUAAUGAAGUGCUACCCGCGACAGUUGAGGAGUACAAGACACAAAUUGGCAAAGAUGUGAAUGUACAUAUCGAUACGGAUAAUCAUCUGUCGGCGGAUACUUGCGGUGGAAUUGAGUUGAUUGCCCUCAAUGGACGUCUAAAGGUACCAAAUACUCUGGAGUCCAGAUUAGAACUGAUUGCGCAACAACUUGUGCCAGAGAUCCGUAACGCUUUGUUUGGUCGCAAUGUCAAUCGUAAAUUCACCGAUUAAAUAAUUUAAGUGUAAAUACUAUGCAACAAACAAAACCAACAGACAUACAUAUAAAUCCUACAUACAUAUUUAAAGAUGAAAACAAGUAAAAAACACUGCAAAAAGUAGUUGAAUGUGAGUUUAUGAUAUAAUUUUAAAUGCAUAUAAGAGUUAAUUUACCGAAACUUAAUUGUUAGCUAAUAAAAUUGUCAAAAUAUAUAGUGGAUGGUAGGAAAUUCAUAAGGCGGAAUUGCGAUAAUACUGCAACAGCAUGAAUUCAAUGUUUGGAAUAAUAAAUUACUCUCAGUGAGAAGUUUUCGUAGCAGCGAAAGUGCGAAAGAAGAGAAGACUAAACAGAGGGGCCUCCCUAUAAUAAUUUUGAAAACGAUUUAUAUAUUAACAUUGCAUUGUGUAUAUCAAUAACACCGGGUUCCAUUCAAAGAUUCGCUGCCGUGUUACAACACACAAACAAUCGUUCAGGAGCAUUUGCAAACCAAUAAGAUAUUCAUUGUUUGAAGAUACAUAAAUAUAUGAAAUUAUUAAAACUACAGACAAUGAGCGCAGAUAAAUUGUAAGAAUGAACAAGGCAGCCAAAAGUAGACAACUUAAACAAAAAAUGUGUACACAAAAUUGUGUUUUUAGUUAUUCAAACGAAAAAUUAUAUUCAUUAAAAUGCAUAAAACUAUCUUAAAGCAACAAACACACAACACAUGCAUAAAUUGUAUAAAACUAAUACAUAAUCACACAUUUAUAUACAUUCCUGUACAAAAAUUCUAUUAUGCUCGCUAUUAAUUUGAGAAAUGAUGUCGAAGCAGCGAUUAAUAGAGCUCAGCAGUAAAUUUAGAGUCAGGUCAUGUUUUUAAUGCAAACUCUAUAUCCACGCUUCAUUGCUCGCUGCGGCUUCAUGAAUUGAAAUACAUACAUAUGAACAUAAAAUUUCCGUUUGAAUUUAAUUGUAUUUUCAGAAUACAACUAUUGAUGUAAUUUACAUUAUUUGUUAAAAUUUUCUGUAUCUAAAAUUAAAAUGUUCCCUCUAUUCGGUUUAAUUAUAAACAUGCACUAUUAAUUGACGUUUGUUGGUUGCCUAAUGUUAAGCAGUUUAUAUAAUUAUAUAGUAGCUUGAUUAGACAUUAAUUGAUUAGACAAAAAUAUAAUCUUACAAAAAGUUACGGGCACCGCACUUAUUCGCCAAAAGGCGUGCAACACAGCAGAGAUGGCGACAAGACGAAAAAGGAGGAUGGUAAACAUGUGGAAUUGCAUACGUACAGAUGAGGUGACCCAUAAAGCUUGAACUGUGCAGCAGUGUGCACACACCAUCACCAAAAGGCAGUUGGAAAUAUUGGUAAUAAUGCGUUAGAAAUUAUUUUAAAUGUGUGGCAUGCAAAAUGUGUAUGUGAAUUACACGAAAUUUGUGCUCUGAACAUGUGCUCAAAUGGUGAGCAAAAAAACCUCAGCAUCGCUAUCUUUCAAACACUGAAAUAAAAGCUCUUUAUGUUGUGUUCUAUUCGUUAAACAGCAUUGUAGUUGAUUUCACUGUGCGAAAUGUAGCGCUCGCCGAAGAGAUGUGUUCGGAAAACAAAUUUAUUUUCCUACGUAGCGAAAAACUCAGUCUCAUAAAGUUGUUUGUUUGUUGGUUGAAUGCGAAUACGGGAUUUUGCAGUUAAAAAUAUUUACGAGAUGUCAGUUCGUCUUCGCGCAGGCGUGUUAUUAAAGUUUUUAAGUGCUUAGAAUUAUUGAAAUAAAAUACUGUUUCAAAAGUAUUUUAAAGUACUUAAGAGUUUUAUUUCACAAGCCUGUAGUUAAGUUUUGUGGAGUUGCUUUUUUGCUGGUUUCUCACUAUAGUUUAUUAUAAUCAAGUGUGUAUAUGUUUGCCACAAUUCUUUUAGUAAUCUAAAUGUUAUCAAUAAUCAAAAAAAAAAAUAAUAAUAAU